AUGGCAAUCGGCCCUUGGGGAGCAAUGGCAAUUGCCCUCGCUGGCUCUGCUCUGCUCUCCGCCGUCGGCUAUGGCAUCUGGAGAACGAUGCACCGAGGAGAAGAGGAUCAGGCGAACUGGUGGCAACGCUUCAGCACUGAGCAAGACAACUACAUGCGGCAAGUCAGAGAACGGAAUCUGGUGGAGAUGGACUAUCGCUUUGUCCUGUUGGUGGAAGGUUGGGAACAGUCGACAACAGAAUCGCUCCUUCUCCGAAUACUGACCGGCAAUCUGAAACAGACCUCUAUGCCAGAUUUGUCUGACGGGCCGUCUCUUUCUCUCGCAUCAUCUUUCUUCCGAAUCAAUCAUUAUCUCGUCCUUGAAGGCACCUAUUGCGCAGCAGAUUGUGCCAUACAUUCGUUACUUGUAUCCGUACUCAAGUCUGCAAUAAUGGGCCCCCGUAAACCAGCCUCUCCUUUGAGAAUCAUGGAAUGUGCAGAACCGGAUUCGACAGACCCAACGAACAUCGCCACCACCGCAAGCGCCGACAUGGUCCCUCCACCACCACCAUUACCGUCCAAAGCGACUCUUCCACUGCCAGUGGCUGGCACCUCCAACCCGCCAUCGCGUCAGAGCAUGAGUAGAACACGGUCAUACGGGAGGAUAUCAGCAGCCUCCAUGGAUGCCCCGAGUUCAAGUUCAGCAGAGGAGAUACCAUCAGACAUGCCAGAAUUAGAACGCUGUCCGAACACGUCUGGCGAAUUCUCGGUUGACUGGGGCAGGCUACUUGGCAGCGACUCUCCGCCUCCAAUAAAUAACUCUUAUCUGGAACCGAUGUUCUGCUAUAAAAUCAACAGACCUCCACAUCUGGGAAUGUUCACUCGCGACAUCGAUGAGGACAGACAUCUCUCCAAUUUGUUCCACCCGAGAAGUCUGACUGAUGGAAAGGUGCACCAACAUAUGCAGUCUUCCAACGACUACUUCGCAACUGAUUGGUGGCAAGGAAGAUGUUUGCGCUGUGCUAGAAAGCUUUGUACACCGCAGCAUCAUUGGACCAAUUGUCCCUUUACGUGUAUCUGGUGUGAAGAUAAACAUGGGAUUCUACGUUGCGACUCUGAGCCCACAGUCAAAGAAAUUUAUAAUCAUUUCGAUGGCCCGGAAGAGGUGGCAUCACCACCAAAACCUCCCUCGAUACCGAUAAGUCCGAGAGUCGCUGAGUUGAGUGGAAGAGAUCCUAAGGUACCACUGCCGCCGCGAGAAGAUCCAAGAACUCCAACUCGCCAGCGAGAGCUUAUCAGAAGCAAUUCCAUGUCCCCGGUUCAUCUAGAGAAUAUUGAACAAACACGUCGACAUCAUCCAGUCUCCCUGGAAUCUAAUAACAACUGGUCGGCUAGCGUGUCUUCGGAGCUAAGGACAAUCAAAUCAUGCACCCGCGCGACCACCGAGAAAGUCUGUUCCUUGGCAAGACGUGUUGAGAACAUCGAAAGAAUGGUCCAUGAUAUUCACGCCGGCGUCCAAGACCAUCGCGUGCAGAACUUGGCUGAUCACAAUCGUGCAGUAAGUGACGUCACUUCAGGCACGGAAGAAUCUAGUCAAGCAUCUGGUGAAGGUUCGAGCGGAGUCUCUCAUCGCUCUGAACAUAACAACAGCGUCAAAGCAAAGUUCCUGAGGCAGCAAGAAUGUAGAGAAAUUAUGCGAGCGCUCACAGCACUCGAUGACGCGCAGUCAUCAUUUCGUCAUAUUUUCAGGGGUCGACUUGAAAAUGCCGAAGAGGAGGGAGCACCUAUGUCUUGCAGUCAAGCUCAAAGCGCUGUUGAAACAAGCACUACAGUCUACAGCUCGCGCAGUGGGUACCAGGAUGUAUCUGGAUCUUUUCUCUCCACUAGCGCAAUGUCGGACAGUACCAUUUCGCCGUCAGAUCACCAGAAUAUGCCCGAAAUUCACGGCCCGGUGUCUCCUGAUAGCACAGUCUCGGGUAGCGAGGACGAGUGCAAUUCGUCGCCCGAUCUACCUAGUCGACGUCGAGUUGUCAUAGAUACCGUAGCUCUAGAUCAUGUUCUGAUUGGUCGCGAGUUGCAUUACUAUAACGUGUCGCCGCCAGUUUCAUCAGAUCGCCUUCAGGACUUCCCUUUUGGUGACGGUGCAUAUUUGGUUCCUGAACCCCUGACUGAGCCUGUCGAAGACUGUUUCAUACCUUCUAGCCCAGGCCAUGAGGUGGGGGUCUUCAAUCACGGGAUGUUCUUGUGCAGUGACCAGUAUUCCAACGAUCUGCUAUACACGGACGGGUGGGAGGUGGAUUGA